UCUUCACAGCAAGCAUUGCCUCGCCUGGCCGGCGGUGUCGCAGCGAUGGUUGGAAAGAAGGCCACCAAGAAGGGCAAAGUGAAGCCCAAGGCCUCAAAAGCGAAGGCGCAAAAGGCCGGAGAUGGCGAGGCCAAGAAGAGGAAGGCCAAGGCGGGCAAGGUGACAGAGGCUUCCGAGCCGAAAGUUGAGCAGGAAGAGGUCGCUGCGCAGGAGAAAGCAAAACCUCGAAAAACAAAGGCGAACAGGUUCAAAGAGGCCAUGGAAGCCGAGGAGGAGCCAAAGGAAGGUGAGCCCAAAGGAGUUGUGUAUUUAGGUCAUAUACCUGAUGGUUUCUUCGAGCAGCAGAUUAAGAAGUACUUCUCGCAGUUUGGUGAUGUGACCCGCUUCAAAUUGGCGCGCUCACGGAAGACUGGCGGCUCAAAGGGCUAUGCCUUCAUCGAGUUCCGCCAGGAGAGCGUAGCGAAGAUUGUGGCGCAGACCAUGAACAAGUACAUCCUUGGCAACAAGACGCUGGUUUGCACGUUCAAACCUCGCGAGGAGUGUCAUCCGAAGCUCUUUAGUGGCUGGCGUGAGGAGAUUUCGGACCCCAGACCGGCCAAGAGAGCGAAGCAUAUGCUUGGCUUCAACGAUCGGCCCAACGUGGAGGUUGACGGUCAGGCGGUUCCGCAGAUGACCAAGGAGCAGGUAAAACGUAGAGACUUGCAAAAGAAGAAAAUGAAGGCGAAGCUGAAGCAAUUGGAAGUUGAUUAUGACAUCGAUGAGGUUCUUGAAGGCGCUGCAGAUGAUGAAGCAGAAGAGGAGGAGCCGGAAGUGAAACAUACGAAGCUUCCGAAAAAGAAGAAAAGGCGUGCUGCGUCCAGUACUUGACCAGAAGACGUAGCACCUCCUGGCUCUUAAGCCCCUUGUGAUUUGCUUCCGUGCCGAAGCCUCCGAAGCCAUUCCAGAACUGGAUGUGCUUCCAACAGCCCUAAGACUCGGCGACCGUGUCGUACACCGCCAAUGAUUUUUGCUACCCGUUUGGUGUACGAUGCGCUGGUCCAUUUCACCGAGCAUCUCAGAGUGAAGUUGAAAAA